AUGCCCAGCGCCAAGCAAGUGCUGCUCGUCGUGUUCUUCUGUGCGUGGGGGGCGAGCGUGGUGGAAGCGAUCUUUGGGAACAUCCCGUUUGGCAUGUUUUGGAAGGGGCGAAUUUAUGGCCGCAUCUCGUGCGAGCCCACCCCGUUGGCCUGUCCAGGCGGGGGUCACGUAUUUCAGCUGGAACGGUUGGGGUGCGAGUACCCCCCCUGUCCGCCGACCCUUCCCCCCCCAACGACGCCAAGCCCUGUCAUGACUUCGGCGCGUGUCCGCAUCGUGCGGGCUUUUGUGUACACAGGCCGCCUCCUUCCCCGACGCCGCCCUUCCAGGAAGCACCGAGCGGACAUCUCGCCACAUCCGACAGACGAGGUGUACCGCGACGAUGAAGGAUUCGCCGCAUGA